UGAAAAGGAGGGCGAAUGACGUCGUCUCCUCACACCGACCCUCCGGAGGCCAAUAUCGAAGGCACGCUAAAUAAAUUUAUUAAAGGACCAGUCACGUACUUGAAUCCUCCUCGUCAUCAUCACCAACAACAACAACGAAAGAUAGUAGGACCUCACGCUGGUAUCUAUGAAGGCUACUAUCUGCAAGCGGACCCUACAAACACAGGCAGUAUUGGAGCAUUAGAUGCUGCCAGAUUUCUGAAAAAGUCUUCUUUAAAGGAAAAUGUAUUAUCACAGAUAUGGGAUCUAUCUGAUCCAACUGGAAAAGGAUACUUAGAGAAACCAGGAUUUUUUAUUGCUCUCAAGCUGAUAGCUCUUGCACAAAUUGGACAUGAAAUCUCUCUUGGGAGACUGCCUUCUGAAACACCGCCACCAAAUCUGGGACCUGUCGAACCAGUCCUUUCUCCUCCUGAAACAAUAGUGAUGAGUCCUCCACAUUCUGUAGGUACCAACUGGGUUAUAUUGCCCCCUGAAAAGGCAAAAUAUGACAAAUUAUUCGACUCGUUACAACCUGUUAAUGGGUUGGCAUCAGGAGACAAAGUAAAACCUGUGUUACUUAAUUCAAAACUUCCUGUAGAUAUAUUAGGACACAUUUGGGACCUCAGUGAUGUUGAUAAGGAUGGCUUCCUUGAUAAAGAUGAAUUUGCAGUGGCAAUGCAUUUGGUAUAUAGUGCAUUGGAAAAUAACCCGGUUCCUACGACAUUGCCACCAAAAUUAAUCCCCCCUUCGAAGCGUAAGCGUGUCUCAUUACCUGGUGGAACCAUCACAGAUUCAUUACCACCAAGAACUGAUUCUCCUGCUCCUUUGCAAUGGGUGGUAACCAACACCGAAAAGGCAAAUUAUGAUAUUCUUUUUAAAAAAACUGACACAGAUAUGGAUGGAUUUGUAUCUGGCAAGGAAAUCCGGGAUGUUUUCCUGCAAAGUGGAUUAAGCAAUAAUGUUUUAGCUCAUAUUUGGUCAUUAUGUGAUAUAAAAAGUACUGGUAAGCUGAAUGCAGAGCAGUUUGCAUUAGCGAUGUAUCUGAUGGGCGAAAAGAAGAAAGGAGCGACCCUACCACAGCAGCUCACACCUGAGAUGGUACCUCCGACCAUGAGGUCGCAGACUAAUGCUGGACCAGCUGCUUUCGGAGUCAUGGACGAAGAUUCUGACCCCCAAAAUCAAAACCCAGCCACUGAUUUGAGUGGGACCGAGCAUUCAAAUACUGACUUUCUGGAUGGUACCAAUUCUGGCCCAUACAGUCACGUAGCUGACUUCUCCGCCAUCAAAGAGCUUGACACAAUCACUAAAGAUAUCGACGACAUGAAAAAGGAGAAGCUUCUAUUGGAGAAAGAGAAGUCACAACGAGAUGCUGACAUCAAGAUCAAGAAUGGAGAAGUGCAAGCUUUACAGAAGGACCUUGAUGCCAUCACGGCUACUCUGCAUCAGUUGGAAAACCAGAAGAGAGAAGCACAGAAGCGCUUAGAUGAGCUUGAUGAUAAGCGGUCCAAUUUAGAAAGCAGCGUGAAGGAGAUGAAAGAUAAAUGUGAUGAUGAACAGAGACAAAUUGAUGAAUACAAACUGAAGAUAUCAAAUCAAGAAAAAUCUGUUCAACUGACCAAUGGAGCAAUCCAGGAACAAGAAGAUGAGUUAAGUAACUUGCGUUCUGAUUUAAAUAAUCUCAGAGAUGAAGAAACCCAGUUAGAGGAAGAAGUUUCCAAGAAGAAAGUGUACAUAGAGUCACUGUUGAAGAAUCAAAAAGACACUCAGUUACAAUUAAGCCAGGCCAAGACUCGUAUACAACACUUACAAGAUCAACAGCAAGGCAACAACUCCAAUGCCCAGAUAAACGGAGAGUUUGCCUAUUUCCCCACAUCUUCAAGUGAAGGCGACCAGUUCAGUACACUCGCUACAGCUGGAAGUAGCCCAAUCAGUAUUGGAGCUUUUAGUCACGGCUCAAGUAUGGAUGAUUUCCGAGAUGAUCCUUUCAAAAGUAAAGAUCCUUUUAGUAACACUGCACCAGAUCCUUUCCAGAAUGAAGACCCAUUCAAAGGAAGUGACCCCUUUAACCAAGAUCCCUUUGCAUCUGAUGACCCCUUCAAAGAUGCAUUCCCAGUGGCUGAUAAUGAAGCUGCUGUAUUUCCUAAGACGGACAGUUUUGGCAGUAGUGCUACCGAUCCCUUUCAAAGUACGUUCUCAAACACAAAUAAAAAACCUGAAGCGUUUGCAGCAUUCGGGGACCCCAAACCAAAGAGUAACAAAGGUGAUCUUUUCGGAAGUGUUCCAUUUGUGAAGUCUAAUUCAAAAUCCCCAACUCCACCAAACCUUCCUCCUAAACAGAAGAAACAGCCCCCUCCUCGGCCUGCACCACCACGCCCCAAAAGCUCUCCUGCAGCUAAGAAAAAAGAUGAACUCUUUGCAAAUUUCGGUAACGAUCCAUUCACUGGGAAUGAUCCCUUUGCCAGUUCCACUGGCAACAAUCCUGAGUGUAGUCUUGAAAAUUUUGCUGACUUCAGUCCCAGCAAGAAUAUUGUUGAUUAACAAAAACAACAUAAACAAAAAAAAAAUAACAAAAAUCAAAACUGGUACAGAAACCAAUUAAUUUAAAAUAAGACUUCAAACAUGCUUAAACUGCUGUAAGUAAUAAUGGUAGCAUGUGGACUUUGUGGGACUUUUUGUGGUUGUUGGUGAUAUCUUCAGACAGCUGGUUGCCUUGGUUACAUAUAUUGGUUUGGUGAGGAAACAUCAGCAGCAUCAGCCUGGAAUCUGGGCCAGUGACCAAAAGAAGCACCAUAACUGUUUUGACCACUGAUUCAGCUACGAUAACAACAAUAACAACAAAUACAACAACAGCAGCAGCAGCAGAAACAGUAGUAAUAUUAGCAGCAGCAGCAGCAAGCCAUUUGUUUUGAAGACAACCCCCCCCCCCCAAAAAAAAAAAACCCCAACACAAACAAAAAAAGAAAAAUAUUAAAACAAAUGUUAAACAAAACGAAAAAGAAACACUUCCUCCUCUGCCUCUUCUUUUCUCUCCUCCUCCUCUUUUUCUCCACCACCUUCACCAACAACAUCCUUACAACUGUUAUUACUUGGGUUUUGUGGGGUCUAAUUUUCUGUUUGUUAUUUUUUUGUGUGUGUGUUGUACUUUUUGUUAUUUGUUAUUGUUUGUUUCUGUUUCACCAGACAUUUAUGUACAUACUACAAUAACUAUAAUAAUAAUAAUAAUAAUAAAUUGCACAAAAAUAGUAAUUAUAUAAAGGGUGAUACACAAAUACCGACCUACCUUCAUAGAUGCCUACAACCAACAACAAAAAGAACUUAGAACCAUCAGCCUCACUCUUGUAGUAAAAUCCGUUGGUUUUUCAGUUAAUUCCUUCCUUUCUUCUGUCGUAUUUUGGCCUUAGUUCCUUACUUGGUCCUUUGGCCCCAUCGCUGCGGCUCUGUUGAUCUUCUUCGCAUGAAAUAUUCCUUACAAUUGUUUUUUUUUUUUCUUAAUUUUUUUUUUUCAUGAGAUGAGUUCAAGGGAAGAAAUUACGUUCAUUCUUUUUUUUCGUUCGUCUCCUCCUCCUCCUGUUCCUCUCGCCUCGCCGCAUCUCCCACCACGAAUCCUAGUCUCUGUGUAAACAACCAAAAAGAAAGAAAA